UGAUGUGUAAAUCUAGAGGGAUGUCCAGAGUGAAAAAGAUCUCUGCUGAUCACUGAACACCAGCACAGGCGUGUUGAUCACUCAGCCAGACAGAUAUAGCAGCCACUGGAGAAUCAGUGUUUCAGACACGAGCUGCAGACACUAAAGCUUUAGUCUCCUUCACAUUCACACAGUUUCUGGAGACCAGGACCUAAAGAAAAUAACAUGGAGAUUACACUUGAAAAUGAAAACAACAACUCUUCACCAAACUUGGAGUUCAAAGGGGCUCACCAGGCGUUCAGGGACCGCUGGAAGGAGACAGAUGACACCAUGUGUCGCCACAGCAUGUCCUUCCACCUGCACCACAAGCUCCAGAGCGACUUCUUUGCCAGCUACCUGUACCUGCUGGAGAAGACUCCUCUGGUGAAGCUGUUUCCCGUCACCUGUGAGUUCAUCAAGGGGGAGAAGCAAUUCUACUACAGAGCUCAGAAGUUCUACGAGGAUGUUCCUGCUUCUGAGGAGGGCAUGAUGGGAGAUUUUGUUGAGAUUUCCAACGUUGAUCUGGAAAGUUCCCGCCAUUUUCUGAAGAGGUUUGUGGGACCUGGUAAAGCUGGGACAUACUUUGCUUUGGAUUGUGGGUCUGGGAUCGGACGCGUCUCCAAGGGUGUCCUCCUUCCUGUGUUUGAGAAAGUAGAGAUGGUGGACAUGAUGGAGCACUUCCUGCUCCACGCGCACGAGGAGUAUCUGGGUAAUGACGCCGACCGCAUUGAGACCUACUACUGCUUCAACCUGCAGGAGUUCACGCCUCCAAAAAGCAAGUACGACGUCAUCUGGAUGCAGUGGGUGGCAUGCCACCUAACAGACAAAGACCUCCUGAACUUCCUGGUUUGCUGCAAAAAGAGCCUCCGUCCCAACGGAGUCAUCAUAAUAAAGGACAACAUGGCCCGGCAGGGCUGCAAGCUGGACCCAAUCGACAGCAGCAUCAGCCGCCACCUGGACAUCAUGAAAAUCAUUAUAUCUAAGGCUGGGCUGGAGAUCCUUGCUGUGGAGAAGCAGGAAGGCUUUCCUGAGAUCAUCAUGCCUGUCUGGAUGAUCGCGAUGAAGUAGAACUUACAUCUUCACUUUGUCUCCUUUUGGAAACUGUUUUUCUUCAUUUCUGUGUCAACACCAUAUGUUGGAGUGGGUUUUGGGAUACUGCACACAGCAUACAAACGAGUUCUGGAUAUAUUAUCCUGCUGUUAACUAGCCUCCUGCUUGUUGAGUCGAAACAAAAGUUGAUUUCAAACAACUGUUGCCCAAAGAAAGUGAAGGCUAACAGUUCUCAAAUACAGGACUUAGGAGUUUAUUAUUGCUAAAAUACUCCUCUAGUCAAUUACAAAGCUACAAGUAAAAAUCAACACCGGCUGCUCCUAAAGAUUACCCUGCACCACUAAUUACUUUCAGGUUUCAUUGGUGCUGAUCUGAGAACACCUGAAAUGAAUCUUAAAUGUGGUCCAUUUGCAUUCAAAAGUCAGAAUUUCCAACUUGGAAAGUCUUUCCCAAAACAAGCUAAGCUAAGCAUCCAACAUGGCUGCUGCUAGCAUAAAACACAAUGAAAGUUGCCAAAUUAAACUGUUUAUUAAACUUCUGAUGGCCUUUGUCUCAGUGAACCAGUCACACACACCGUGUUGGAUGAUCUCGUUAGUGUUUGAUUGUGUAAUAUGCAGAGAAACACAUUAUUGAACUAACAGUAUUUAGCAUUUAGCUGCUUUUCAUCAUGUUUAACUUGGAAGUUAAAUCCUUCCUAGAUCCCAGAACAAGCUUCUGAGGUGAACAGAACAAUCCAUAAUGGAUAAAGUAUGUCACUGUGAUGUUCAAUCAUAUCACACAGAUGUUUAAAAAAAAAAGCUGAAAGCUCUUCUCAUCAUUGGAGCCAUCAGAUCAUUGAUUUGUUAAAUAUGAUCUACAAAUUAUUCCAUCUCCCAUCCAACCUUCCUUCACUCAAGAAGAUGACCUGAGAAUAGACAGAGACUCACUCCUGACCCUGAAGGUACCUUCCACCUCAUCCUGGUUUACAACUAUAUGGUCAAAUUUAGAAGAUCCCUAGUUCACACUGAAGGUCAUGGCCUGAAGGCCACAAACAAGAUCAGAACAAGGGGCUGGGCUGGUGAUACCAACUGUUGAAGAAACAGGCUUGACUUUAUACUAAGGAUGGAGACAAAGAUCUUACUUCGGGUUCCCAGGAACCAGUUAACCUGUAAAAACCUGAGUUAAUCAGAACAAGGUGAAUUAAACCUGAUCUGUUGCUGAUAGGUUUUAGGUGAAAUCAGAUAAUAUAUCCAGAUCCAUAUUCCAUAUUGAUAUCAUGAGUCUUAAACUUCCAGUGUAUACUGGAGCAACCUCAUGUUGCUCCUUCGAUCUUCAUCUUAUUCUCCGACACUUCAAUAUUUUUUACUUGGAAUGCACCGAUAUGAAAAUUUGGGCCGAUAUCGACAUCCAAUAUUAAUAUUGCUGUUAUAAUCGAUAAUGAUAAUCAAUAUUGUUUUGAUAUAAUAUACAUUAUCUAUCUAUCUAUCUAUCUAUCUAUCUAUCUAUCUAUCUAUCUAUCUAUCUAUCUAUCUAUCUAUCUAUCUAUCUAUCUAUCUAUCUAUCUAUCUAUCUAUCUAUCUAUCUAUCUAUCUAUCUAUCUAUCUAUCUAUCUAUCUAUCUAUCUAUCUAUCUAUCUAUCUAUCUAUCUAUCUAUCUAUCUAUCUAUCUAUCUAUCUAUCUAUCUAUCUAUCUAUCUAUCUACCCACAAUCUGGUGCUGCAGAUGGCCACCCCCACUCCCCUCCCCACAAACACCAACAAGAUGGAAAUAAAUAUUGGUUGUUAAUAUUGGUCCAGUUGUAAUAAUUGGACCAAUGAAAAAUGAAAAACAUCAGCCUAUAAUGAUGUUGUCCUCCUGUUUUAAACACAUACAUGCCUGAAGAACAACUAAUAGAAUCUUGUUAAAUUCAGCAGCUUCACUGCAGAUAUUGGAUGAAUUUACAAUAUCCUAUUUAUCAGACAUUACUGAUUGGGAGGAUUUUGUUUUAUCACUUAAAAUGCUGUUUGUGAUGAUUUUUGUUGCCAUUGUUGUGUUUUCCUCUCUGCUUGAAAGGCGAUGAUGAAUCUGAUUUCAGUUUCAUUUGUCUGACUCCGUCCAGACCUUUAAUGUGAUCGCUCAGGAAAGCCUGUAGCUGCAGUAAAAUGCUGCAUCAGAUGUAAAUAUUUUGUUUGAAUGUAAGUACUUCUUUUAUAUUUUUAUGGAUGAUGUUGCUCAUUAAGACAUGAUAUAUGCACAAUUGUCUGUUAAAAGUUAUGUUUAAAACUCACAUAAAUUACACUUUACUGAUCAGAAAUAACACUUUAUUUUUGGCCACCAUCCUGUACAUGAGGGAGUCAUAAUAAUUACUGUAAGAAAAAGAGUGUUUAAUUGUGCUUCAAUCAGCUCCCUUUGUAAUACAGAGCAAUUAAAAAAAUAUAAAUAAAAAAGAGUUUUGAUGAAAAUUCAGAAAGAAAGACUCA